CUCUACGUCUCAUUCCUGAUAGUGCUGCAACUCUGUGAGCUUCCUGGCACAGGCAACGUGUAAAAAUAAUAAUUUUUCUCGGUAUUUCGAGAACGAUGAAGUCUACGAGGAUCAGAAAUGCCCCAAGAAAAGAAGAAAGAUCAAGACCUCCUGAUACAGUUGAGGGAGGGGAGAAUGCCCCUAGGAGGCUGCCACCAAACCUGCAAUGCUGGACACCAUCGUCUGGAGCAGCCCUGAAGCUACUCAUGGCUGCUAGAUUCUGUGCGGCUCUACUCAGUAACAUCUCAGACUGUGACGAGACGUACAACUACUGGGAACCAACUCACUUCCUGAUCUACGGGCGUGGUUUCCAGACGUGGGAGUACUCCCCAUUGUAUGCUAUACGAUCCUAUGCAUACCUAUUCCUCCAUGUGCUUCCGGGGAAGGUCUACUCUUGGAUCCUUGACUCAAAUAAGAUCCUUGUCUUCUAUUUUAUAAGAUGUCUUCUUGGCAUGAUAUGUGCUCUCUCUGAAUUCUAUUUUUAUAGGGGUGUGUGCAAAAACUUUGGUGGCAGCGUUGGAAGAUUGACGUUGGCUUUCAUGAUUCUCAGCUCUGGAAUGUUCAUCUCAAGCGCAGCAUUCUUACCGAGCAGUUUUUCCAUGUACAUGACAAUGGUGUCAAUGGGAGGAUGGUAUACAAACAAUAUACCUGUUGCCAUUCUUGCCACAGCUAUGAGUGCAUUCAUCAGUUGGCCAUUUGCAGUUGCCAUUGGAAUACCUAUUGCAGCUGAUAUACUCUUGAGGAGACAAGAUAUAGUAAACUUCUUUCAGUGGUGUGUGAUAGCUGUUGUUGCCAUUUUGAUACCACAGGUCAUAAUUGACACAUUCAUGUAUGGAAAAUUGGUCAUUGCACCGCUCAAUAUUGUUACUUACAAUGUUUUUAGUCAACAUGGUCCAGAUAUAUAUGGUGUGGAACCUUGGUCGUUUUAUUUUCUGAACGGAUUCCUGAAUUUCAAUCUCAUCUUUCCUUUUGCUCUCAUAGCUCUUCCACUUGCGAUGUUUGUGAAUUGGAUAUCCAACAGUAGUGUUGUAGGAAACAAGAAAGCCAUUCCCAUUUAUCUCACGCUAUCAUCCUUCUAUAUAUGGUGUAUUAUAUUCUUCACUAGACCACACAAGGAGGAGCGCUUUCUCUUUCCAGUAUACCCUCUAAUUUGCCUGGGAGGGGGUGUGGCAAUAUCAGCUUUACAGAAAUUAUAUCAUUGGCUCUUUACGUUUAAAAUACCUCAACAUUAUACCUACUCUUCCAAUCAUCUAGCCAUUGCAUUUACUUUUCUUUUUGGUACAUUAUCUUUAAUGAGGUCAGGACUGCUCUUUUAUGCCUACCAUGCGCCUCUAGAUCUCUAUCCCGAGUUGAAAUCUAUCGCUAGCAACCCCAAUAUUCACACCCUACCACCGGAUAAAUCAGUCAAUGUUUGCGUCGGGAAGGAGUGGUAUCGCUUUCCAAGUAGCUUCUUUCUACCAGACAAUUGGAGGUUACAGUUCAUCCAAUCAGAGUUCAGAGGUCAGCUUCCCAAGCCAUUUGAUGAAUCUGACCCUGAGGCAACAUCUAUUAUACCAUCUCAUAUGAAUGAUAUGAACAGGGAGGAAACAUCAAGAUAUGUUAAUAUAUCAAAAUGUCAUUACCUGGUUGAUCUUGACAUGCCCGAUGAGACUCCUAGAGAACCAAGAUACGCCAAUAGGACAGACGAGUGGCAGAUUGUAGCUUCCCACGCAUUCAUGGAUGCAUCUAUAUCUUACAAAUGGUGUCGGUCGUUCUACGUUCCUCUCUGCACCCGACGUUACACAUACUUCAGACAUUACAAUAUUCUUAAGACAAAGAGGAGAAAAACUGCUCCAAAACAAGGCAAGAAAAGGAAACAACCCCCAACAAAAUCAAAGAAGAGCAGUGACGACGAUGAACUUUGACCUUUGAACUGAAAUCUGAAUUUUAAAUUUUUUUUAAAGUUUGUUAUAAUGUAAAGCAGGAAGUGAUAGCCUCGAUCAUGUGUUGUAAUAAUGGUAAUGACUCGUUUUCAUUAAAAGCGUAUGACGUUUUGUAAUCUGUGAUAAUAUCUCUGUGCUUCCAAAGGUCUGAAUAAUUUUUAAUUUUAAAUAUAGCUUUAGACAUUCCUUGCUACCCAAUCGUGCAUGAAAAUUGUUCAAAACUUACAAGUAAUAACUUUAGAACUACAUGUAAUAAUAACUUAUAACAAUUAUUUUGUGGACAAAAUGAGAACAGAUCACUGAUUAGUCAAAAAGAUUACAUUAAAAGAGAAAAAGAUAUUUUUUUCUACAAAUUGUUUGUCAUUUUAAUAUCUUAGGUAAUGUAUUGUGUUACAGUUUGCUUCUUGUGUGAAAAACUUUUGAAGCAUAUAUGUUUUAUGGAUUUAAAUCAAGAGGAAGUUUCUAUGAAUGUAUUUUAUGUUUACAAAAUUUGAGUUGUGAUGAAGCAAUAUUUUUUUAAUAAAAACCAAUGAUGUUGAAAUUUAUAAAAAAAUUAAGAUGAGAAAUGAAAUAUACGGUCUUUCCAUCAUGAUGAAAAUCAUUUUGCAUGCAGAAUUGAUGACAAUUAGUUUGAUAUUAUGGAAGUAUGUAUGAAAUUGUUAUAUUCUGCAUGUUUGAGCAUGUACCUGUGGACAGAGAAAGCUCCAAUUAUGCACAGCGAACUGCGUCAUAACAUAUAAACACCUUCAUUAUAAAACCUGUAUGAUUCAAUUACAAAUCUAAUUUGAGAACCUCUUUCUAUGAAAGAAUGGCUAUAUUUUAUUCUUCAUUAUUAGUGUCUCAAAUGGAGGAAAACAAUUUCUAACAAUACAGACGUAUUUUUUCCUACCUUUUAUUUUGAGGAUGCCACCGUGGCACAAUAUUUUUGCAGGGUGUACUGAUAUUAUGAAGGAACAAUUAAUGUGAAUGUAUAGGUUCUUUUAAAGAGUUGUGUUAUUCUGCAAUGCAAACAAUGCAAUGGUUUAGAUGGUUCAACUUGUGCACUAUCAGCAAGUGACGGGCAUUGUCUAUAUAGGUUAUUCAAAUAUUUCUUCAAAAAAAAUCUCUAACAAAUGAACAUGUGUACAUGAAAGUUAAGAAUUGGGGUUGUUAAAGUUAGGGUUAGUCAGUGGGUUACAUUUCAUGUAUCUUUUAAAUGUGCUGGGCUGACAUAUCAAUUGAUGCCUUGUAACCUACUAAAAGAAAUUUGCCAAACUCUAAUGAUAAAGGGUUCUCCUGUCUGAUUUCAUCCAACCUUGGGGUCAAAUUGUUGUAAACUGCCAUCUACUAAACCAGCAAUAUGUGAUUGCCAUUAGAAAUGAGUUCAUAAUUUGGGAUAACAGGAUUACCUAGGAGGAGACAACACUUUUUUUAGUUGGAAAAAUUUCAAAUUUAUGAAAUGGGGCCCAUAAUACAAAGUUGAGCAAUCAUCUCUAGAAGAAUGCCUUCACUGUUUAUUGCUUCGACCAUAAUGUACAAUCAUAAAAAUCAAGAAUGUGAACAAUUGCAUGUGCAAUUUUUGUUAGUGCAAGAGGGCGCUUUGCGGAAUAAAAGGAGAUUCAAGGUAAUC